AAAGUAUAGAACUAAAAACGACGAACAAAUAGGACCGACUUUGGCUCGUGUAUUGGAAGAAACCGUGAAGACAAGUUGACCCUGUAGCUAUCUUGAAUCUCCGACGCAUCUGCAAAUUCAGAUCCUCCAUAAUACUCGGAUAAUGUAACAGGGUUGUUCUGCGGAUCAGAUGGCGGAGGGAGGCGUGAAUUCGCGGUAUAUUAAGCUGACGAAGGAUCAAGUUGCACCGUUGGAGGAUAUUCGUCCAGGAGAGCUCAAUCAGCCCAUCGAGGUUCCUCAGUUGGCUGUUCGGAAGUGCAAUGGAUGUGGACAGGCUUUGCCCGAAAACUUUGAGCCACCUGCAAAUGAGCCUUGGACAACUGGAAUCUUCGGCUGCACUGAAGACACUGAUAGUUGCUGGACAGGUUUAUUUUGCCCUUGUGUUCUCUUUGGGCGUAAUAUUGAAAACUUGAGAGAAGACACCCCAUGGACUACACCAUGCAUUUGCCAUGCUGUUUGCGUUGAAGGUGGCAUUGCUCUGGCCAUAGCAACAGCAGUCUUCCAUGGUAUUGACCCAAGGACAUCGUUUCUCAUUUGUGAGGGCUUGUUAUUCUCUUGGUGGAUGUGUGGCAUAUACACUGGUCUUGUUAGGCAAUCCUUACAGAGGAAAUAUCAUCUCAAGAAUUCACCAUGUGAACCAUGCAUGGUGCACUGCUGCAUGCACUGGUGUGCUCUGUGCCAGGAGCACAGGGAGAUGAAGGGGCGUCUAUCAGAUAACUUUGCCAUGCCAAUGACCAUUGUCAAUCCUCCUCCCGUUCAAGAAAUGAACUCUUCUUCUGAAAACCGGGAUUCUGCUCCCUCCGCUGAACAAGGCACCACUUUGGAGAUGCGGGCUCUGUAAACCACCACACCUCAUACUGUCAUACACAGGGAUUAUUUAUGAUAACAGAUUUUAUUCUGAACAGCGUUUUGCGGUGAUAUGUGCUCAUGUUCCUCAGAAAUCAAUUUUUUACGUAACUUCUUUUAGAACCCUUUUUUUUUCUUCUUAAUACUCCAUUUUCAUGUUGUUUUUUGCUUGACCAUUUUGGGGUCCCCGGAUCUUUACUUCGAUUUAUUGAGAUGCCCCGUCCUUGAGCUGGCAUUGGAUGAACUAUGGGUUCAUCUGGUUGCUAUGCACUAUGCUUUAUUACU